CAGCUAAAGUCACUGCAACCACGGGAGGAGAUUCGGUCAUUGUAAUAUACUUUGACCGGUGAUAUAUCAUUCUACUCAUUUUUACAUGUCGAAUCAUUCCUUAAGAAUGGUUCUCUGUACUUCUACUGUGCUGUUAGAAGGCUAACGCGCCACGAUUAUCAAUAGCACUGUCAGGAGAGGGAACACGAGUUCGUAUUUCCUUGCGUACACGACUAACAAUGUUCUUAUGGUCAUCUCGCCAUUUCGUUCAAUACAGCUUGACAAUCACUGCAACCUCUUCAUCGGUACCUCCAGUGUUGUUGCCACGAAACGGCUUGUUUGAUUUUCAUACUGGAAUGCCAAGGCAGAAAGUAAUUUGUCCAGACUGCUGUUCUCUGCCCGUUGUUCUUCAGUGUUCUUCUAGCACCGCUAUCGGCAUCGCGACUGCGCACACGACAUAAGUGACAUAGCGGUGGUAGCCCAAAGUUAGGGUCUGCGGGAACAGCCUUAUUAGGGUCCGAGCCCCUAGGUA